UUAUUUAGCUCUAAGAUCUUCCAAAUUAUCCCUCGCUUGGGCAACUCGGGGGCGACCAAACUUCUCCGCCCCACCCCGACGAUCCGAUUGGAACGACCCCUGCCUCCAUUGCUGACCAACGGCGGCCAAAGGUGGAGCCAAGCGGCCUCCUUUCCCUCCCUCGCUCCCUUUCUUCUCCCUUCCUAUUAGCUCUUCUUGGAUCUGGUGGCGGUGACCGUAUGGUGGCGCAACGUCGGCAAUAUCGGCGUGCAAGAGGUUUGCACUGUUAAUUAUGGUGAAUGGAAGUGCAGAGAAAAAUUAUGGUAUUGAUGAACUCCCAUCAACUUCUGAGCUUCCAGAAAAUAAGUUAAGGCACAACUUUCGAUUGGGAGAUUUAAUAUGGGUUAAACACGGUGGCUCUUCAUGGUGGCCAGCACAGGUCAUCGAUGAAGCAUGUGUCGGUGCCAAGCCUAAGAAGAAGGCCAAACAUGAUUGCCUAGUCCGGCUGUAUGGAACAUGUCAAUACUUAUAUGUAGACCCUUGGAAGUCUAACAUGGAAUUCAAAAUGAUGCUGAAGCAAGAAAGCAAGAGCGCAAUGGAAGCAUUCCGUGAGGUGCUUGAGAAGGAGUUGUCUUGUGUUAACUCGUCCAGUGAUUAUGACGAUGAAGCUGUCAACUCAAAAGGUGGUGACACCAAAGGGACCACAGAGAAGUCCUCUUCUAGAAAAGUCAGAAAGCAAGAAGGUUUGGAGCCAUAUAGUUACACGGAUGAUCUGGGAGAUGAAACUGAAGAGCAGUAUAAUGAAGGGCAAGACCAAGAAUUUGGGAGCACUGCAACAACUGGGGUUACUGUUCGGAAAGGAAAGCGUGGGCGUACGAGACAAUCAAGUUCUACCAAUGAUAAAGAGCAAGUCAUUGACAAAGCUUCUAGUGAGAUUUCAUCUGGAAGUUUAAGAAAUAAGAGACAGAAGCAAGUUGCUCGUGUGCUGGAUAAAGAGGAUUGUAAGAUAGGAGCUUCGGUGGUCAGAAGGGAAGGGUUGAGACGAUCAGGUCGAACUAAUGCAAAUGAAUAUUUAGAUGCGUCUGAGGACAGAACAGCUGAAGAUUCAAUGGUACAUGGAACUUCAGCCCCUCAUGGAGAAAUAAAAGCUAUGGUUAGGGAUAUCUUGUUCAAGGAAAUUAUUGACAGGGAGCUUGAUGCUGAAAUGGCUUAUGUCGAUGAAGUGAUUAAUGGAAUUUGUAGUGCUACUGAGGACGGCAUGACUCGUGGUGCUACUGCUUCUAGGAAAGUUGGGCGAGGCAACAGGCAGAGUGGUAGUAGAGUGGAGGGUGAGUCAAGCAAUGUUACACAAAGACAAAGAAAAGGGAAAUCAGAUCUAGCAACCGAGGACGCAAUGCAAGUGACAAGUCCAGAGACCGCAAGUCACACUACUGGAUGCAGAGCCAUGAAGGAACCAGGGACACUUAGCCCACGUCAAAUCAGGCAAAUCAGGAUCAUGCAAAGCCUAGGUCUGAUUGCUCCAUCAGGAUCUCCGUUUGGCAGGAAUGGAGUGGUCGCAGCCACCCAUCAAUAAAAGUCGCUUGCAAUGACAUUCAGAAACAAUUAGGUUCAGUCCUCAAUUGCUAACAUUUUGCAGUCCUCAAUUCCCGGCAUGUUGGCUGGUAGCUCCAUGGGGCAUAGUUGCUGCUAGCAUCCAGCUAUUGGGAAACGCCUAUAUAUGGUGCCUCAUUUACUAGAUUGCUUUGGAGUCACUAUUCUUCUCUGCAGGAAAGUUAACUGAAUUUAAUCGCAAUGUAAGCACAUCGUUGGUUCUGUACUUCCGCAAAUGCGCAAAAUUGGCCAAUGUGGUGCGUAUUGAAUUCGUCGUAUAUCCCGUCACCAA